AUGGCCUCACCAACUCAACUUCAACAACCAUCUUCAGGUCAACAACGGAUAGCCUCUCAAAUUCCGACAAACGCAUCACAACCAUUAAUGGAUACUAGUAUAUCAGAAUAUACGAACAUGUCAAGAG